AUUUUUUUAUAUUUGUAUUGUUUUUUACAUUUCCGUACAAUGCCGCCGAAAAGUCCGAAGUACCUACCUGCUAAACAACAAAAGGCACCGGCAGUGGAUCUAGCGGAGCUCUGCAGAAAGAAAUUCCUUGCAAAAUGCAGGUUCAAGGCUCUGGUUCGCAGAGUUAUCGCCAAUUUGUACUGGUUAGCUGAGGAUGAGGAGCUGUAUGAGGGAGACGAUGUGAAGAGACGCGUCGAACAGGCCAUGAGAGCCAAAACUAGGAAAAAGACCCUGCUCAAUAUUAAUGAUAAAGCUCUAUUGAACAAGCCAGCCGAACAACGAACUGAGGCGGAGAAAAAAUACAUCUACCGCAAGAUCGGUGGCUUAAAGUGUUUCAAGCGUUAUCCAAAUCACGUGAAGAGAAGACUAGCAGCGGCUACAUACUUUACAUACUACGGGCCAAACAGGGUUAUUGUCCGACAGCACCAAGAUGCUCAUGCUUUAUACUUCGUAGUGUCUGGCGAAGUCACUGUGAGUGUACUGGUGUUCGAUGAGCUGCUACAGAAGAACGUCUCCGUCAAUGUGUUCGUCAUGCAUGGCGGAGACAUGUUCGGAGAAGUUUCCUUGCUCCAUAAUGUUAAGAGGACUGCUACUUGUAUUACUACCGACCAUUGUGAGUUCCUAGCAUUGAUGAAAGAAGAUUUCAAAAAUGUGCUACAGGCUUCUCUGCAGAAGCAGUGGGAUGAUGUUAAACAAGCUAUGUUGUAUUUCAACUACUUCGAUGGCCUUGAUGAGGUAGCCCAAAGAGAAGGUUGCAUUGUAGCCAAAAUGAAAAAAUUUGAAACGCACGAAACUAUCCUUGGCGAUGGUGUAGGGUUGUCCAACUUCGUCUAUUUUGUGCUAUCAGGACGCUGUCAGAUGACAGAGUCCCUGAAAAUAUCCGUCAAAGAGAAUAUGGGCAAGCAAGUUUACACUCUAUUCGACCCUUUCGUGCAAACGACAGACAGUGAACUUGAGCUUCACAACAAAUAUUUUAAAUCGCCGCCUAACACAUCUUCUAAACUGAGAAAGGAGUCAAUUACUAGUCCAGCUCGGAGCUCAUUGAAAGCCAGAUCAUCAGACCCCGUCAAUUUAUCAAAACAUACAAGUGAACUAGCAACUUCAUCCAGACAGUCCAAACUUGAAAGUACAUCAAUAGGUACGAAUAUAUCAAAGAAAACUACUUUCGAAGAGGCCAAGAGCGAACCCAAAAGUGAUAAAGAAGAGGAAUUUAUCGCAAGUGAUGCAGUAAAGAAUGACCCUCAUGUCAGAACUGACAGUAUUAUACCGGAAAAAGUUUUGUUGGCAGUGAGAGACGAGCCAAGACCUUCCAUAAGGUAUUCAUUGGGCGAAGAAUUGAAACAAUUACAAACAGCUGCAAUAACAUCUCUUCGCACAUACUUUAUGCAGGUGUGUAUAUUUAAUCCUGGUUCGACAUUUGGUUUUGGAGAGAACAUGCGCGACAGACGCAUAGUGGCCUUGACUCCAGUCAACUGCAUGCUUCUGCCAAAAAUGUGGCUUUUACAACGAAAUACGGCGAACAUUUGGUCGAGAAUACAGCACUAUCUUGAGAAAAAGAUCCCAACCAAGAAACAAUUGUUCGACGAGUUCGUAAAUCAACGCAAAUGGCGUGAAUAUAGAGACAGCGUGGUCGAAGAGAUCGUCAGCCGAUCAAACACUAUCAACUACACCACAGUACAUGACGUGCCAUACUCCAUCCGUAUGGAGGAGCUGUUUGACAUAUAACCAACAUACUACGGUGAAGAUCUAUAGGUAGCUAAAAGACGAUACAAUAGUAGGUAUUUUCAGAAUAAUCAAGAUUGUUGUAUCAAGGUACAUGAUCAUGUGCGAACUCUUUGUUAAAUGUCGAACAGUACUCAGUACCUAUAGAAAUUGGAAACGUUGAACAAAAAUCAUCUUGGUACGAGCUUGGUACUCGUGCGAGUAUCAAAAAGAUAAAGCUGAGGCUCACCGUAAGUUAAAUUAGCUGACAAUAAGUUACGUGGUAGGUGGUAGGUACAACGA